AUGACUUUUAAUAGUAAUCAGUUUUCUCGGAAUCUUGCAAAUGUUACAGAUCCAACCGACUGGAACCUGUCACGAAUUCCAGAGUUAACAGAAUUUGACUCACUUCUCAGGUGUUACAUAUGUAAAGAAUAUCUACGAGGACCGGUCAUGACCAGCUGUAAUCACACAUUCUGUUCACAUUGUAUAAGAGAAUACUUGGUCAGUAACAGCCACUGUCCCUUGUGUGAUAAUGAACAAUUCGAAAGUAACUUAAAACGAGUGAUUCAGUUAGAAGAGAUUGUAUUGUGCUUCUCAAAAGUUCGGCCAUUACUUGUGGAUGCCUUGAGUCAUGCGAUCCCUGAUUCCAGUACUUCGCUGCCUGUUAAUGUAUGUAGUGGAUCAGAAAAUGUACGACUGGAAGUUAUUGAAGUGGAAUCGUCGGAAGAUGAAGUUACUGGCAAACGACAGAUUCCCCUGAACGAGGCCCCAAUACCGAGAAAGAAGCAGAAAUCAACAUCAAAUGUAAAUGGAACCCCUUCUUUAUCUUCUUCUAGUAACUCCAUUUUGGCAUCCUUGAACUCUUCGGAGAAUGCUAUACCAACACGAGAUCAAAUGGUGGAGUGCCCAAUAUGUACAAAAAUCAUGCCAGCCGAAAAACUUCAAACUAGUCAUAUUGAUAAUUGCUUGGAAAGAGCAUCUUCACCUUCAGAACCUUCUGCAUUUACUUCAUCAAGCCCCUCUCAUGCCUUGCAGACCCUAGGCAAGAAAAAGAAGAGUGGGAUCACGUCAUUUUUCAAUUCCACCUCUAUUGCUCCAUCGCCGAUAUCGAAGGAGCUUGCAAAAAGAAAGUUAACCAAUAAUGAAGAUUAUUAUUUCAAGGAAGCAUCUAAACAUCAUAGUGAUGUAAAGAAAUUACAAAAAUUGGACUUUAAUUCUUUAACAACUCCUCGACUAAAGGAAAAGAUGACUGCCUUAAAACUACCUACCCAAGGCACGCGGGCACAACUAGAAUUGAGAUAUAACCAGUACUAUAUUCUAUACAAUGCUAAUUUGGAUAGCAAUCACCCUGUUUCAGACAAGAUUUUAAAACAAAGGUUGAGUCAAUGGGAACACUCGCACCUGGGAUUUGUAACAAAUAGUACGGGAUCAUUAUUCGAUACGGCUAGUAAUAUGAGUAUGAAAAAUAUUACUGAUAAGAAUUUUCUGGUAACUGAAUGGCUCUCUUGUUAUAGAGGAGAAUUUGCAAGACUUACAAGACUUGCAAAGAAGUCAGCAGAAAGAAUGAAAUUGAAGAAUAUUGAAAUACUAAGUCAAUCUCAAGAACUGGAACCAAAUCCAGAACCAGAACAAACAUCAGCAUCAGAACCAACAUCAGCACCAGAACCAACAUUACAACCUACCCCAUCACAACCAGCACUAGAACCUACUCCGUCACAACCAACACUCCAUACGAUUGGAAUGGCAAGUGAAAGGCUACAUGACGAUUGUGGGACAAACGUUAAUCAAAUACACUAA